AUGGCCGCUCAAGUUUACUGUAGUGAGUCAACCAUUGCGCCAAGUUCGGGAAGUCACGAGAAGAGGGAAGGUGCGACAAUUGAAAAUUCACUUGCUUUCUUUUCCUUGUAUAUAAACAUCGAAGAUGCCGAAAUACCGUAUACUGACAUUCUUCAUUUCUCUUUCCGGCAUCGCGCAUUGGGCCCAGAUAGAGGCGAAUCCACCUACGUGCCCACAACGGCCGACUCGGCCUUCGGCGAAAUCGUCCAGCCCGUUAAUAGCCCAACGCCUCGGCUGUAUUGGGCGAUAUGCGCGGCGUCCGCGUCAGUAAUGUCCAGCUCCAACGCUGCGAAACCCGCUGGCCGAGUUCAUACUCAUGAGGGCGCCUUGUACAACCCCCUUGCGCGGGUGCUGGCCAAUGAUGUAAUCACGCAUGAUGGGCAUGACGGAUCUAUCCUGGCUCGAUCUUGA